UAAUUCCUCUCUUGCCCUUGAGUCUUUUAUCCCUCGACCAUUUUGCACUUUCCCAGGUCACUUUAUUUCCUUGCCUCUCACUUCCCGGUGAGAAACGCCGGUUGGUUGCUGCAGCUUGAAGCGGCCGACACCAUCGCCGGCAACUUGAAACUGCGGUGCACCAUCAUGCCAGAAGCAAGUACGGUAAGCUGUUUGUGCCACUUUUUCUCUCCUUGCGCGGAAAGCAGCCAAAACUAGCCAACUCCUAGACUGCUCUGUCCCUCUGUCCCUCCGCUUCAGCCUCCAAUGUACAGGCAUGCUCUUUCUCAGGUGCCCUGAGUGCUGAGGAUUUUGCUGAUGGUGCCAGUAGUUUAGCCUGAGAGCUUAUGGCUUUCAUUCAAAGGCACUUUAUCUUUUCUCACUUUCUCCUUUGUCUCCAUGCCCUUUCUUUCCCUUCAUCUCCAUCCUUCUGUUCACAAGAUACCCUUCAAAUUUAUGUCCUUAUAUGCUUUUUCAACCAAUAAUACUUAUUCAAUCACAAAUGCCCAAUUCAACCUAUCAGCAACAGUUCAAGGAUUCUUGUCACUUUUACAAAAAUAUUCAAAAAGCCUUAUCUGGGUCAAGUCCAUCCAUGCCCAGAUUAUUACCAAUUGUGUAGCGAUAGAUCAAUCUUUGGGUACAAAACUUAUCAGAACAUACAGCGAUUUGAGUAGUUUGGAUGAUGCCCGUAGCGUGUUUGAUCAGUUUUCGCAGCCAAGAACCUUUUUAUGCAAUGCCAUGCUUAGUGGAUAUUUGAGAAAUGAGCGACACAGAGAGACUCUUGACUUGUUUAGAAUGAUGGGAUCUUGUAAUUUAGAAUUUGAUAGUUAUACAUUUAAUUAUGCACUUAAAGCUUGCAUGGGCUUGUCGGAUUAUGAGAUGGGUAUGGAGGUUAUUAAAAGUAUUGUGUGUAAAAAAAUGGAUAAAGAAAAGUAUUUGGCGAGCUUAAUGAUUAAUUUCUUGGUGAAACUUCGUAAAAUAGGUGAUGCAAGAAGGGUAUUUGAUAUGAUUUCUGAAAGAGAUGUUGUAUGUUGGAAUUCAAUGAUUGGUGGUUAUGUGCAAUCUGGUCAGUUUGAUGAAGUGUUUGAUAUGUUUUUUAGGAUGCGUGAUUCUGGUAUAACUCCGAGUCCAAUAACUAUGGUGAGCUUGAUUCAAGCCUGCGGGAGAAGUGGUGAUAUGGAAAUUGGAAAAUGUGUUCAUGGGUGUGUACUAGAAUUUGGAAUGGGUGAAGACACUUUUGUGCUUAGCGCAUUGGUUGACAUGUAUAGUAAUAUGGGUGACAUUGGAUAUGCUCAUUUAGUUUUUGAGACCAUGCCAAUGAGAAAUUUAGUUUCAUGGAAUACCAUGAUCUCAGGAUGCAUUCAAAAUGGUUUGGUGCAUGAAUCUUUUUCCUUAUUUCGUAGAUUAGUAACAAGUGGUUGUGGUUUUGAUUCAGGAACCAUCGUGAGCCUUAUUCAGGGCUGUGCUCUAACUGCUGAUAUGGAAAGUGGGAAGAUCCUACAUGGUUGUGUUAUUAGAAGAGGUUUUGAAUUAAAUCUUAUUAUAUCUACUGCCAUUAUUGAUCUUUAUUCUAAAUGUGGUGCCAUAGAGCAGGCAACUUUUGUCUUUGACAGGAUGAAGGAAAGGAAUGUAAUUACAUGGACUGCAAUGCUUGUAGGAUUGGCACAAAAUGGGUCUGCUGGUGAUGCCAUGAAACUAUUCCAUCGUAUGCAAGCAGAAGGGGUUGUGGCCAAUUCGGUCACUCUUGUUAGCUUAGUCCAUUCUUGUGCCUAUGUGGGCUCUCCGAAAGAAGGAAGGAGCACUCAUGCUUAUCUAAUUCGGCGUGGUUAUACAUUUGAUAUAGUUGUCACGACAGCCUUGAUUGAUAUGUAUGCCAAGUGUGGAAAAAUAAACUCUGCUGAGAUGAUUUUUAGCAAUAGCAGUAUUCACAAAGAUGUUAUUCUAUAUAACUCUAUGAUAACAGGCUAUGGCAUUCAUGGUCAUGGCCAUCAAGCUGUUGACAUCUAUAGAAGAAUGAAAGAGGAAGGAGUCAAGCCAAAUGAAACCUCAUUUCUUUCUCUUCUAACUGCUUGCAGUCACUCAGGACUGGUGGAAGAGGGGAUCAAUUUGUUCCACAGUAUGGAAAGAGACCAUAACAUUAAACCUACUCAGAAACACUAUGCUAGCAUUGUGGAUCUUCUAAGCCGAGCAGGCCGUUUCAAAGAAGCUGAGGCAUUUAUUGAACAAAUGCCCUUUGAACCGGGAAGUUCGAUUUUUGAAGCUUUGUUGAAUGGAUGUCAAACUCACAAGAAUAUCGAUCUGGGUAUAAAGACAGCAGAUAAAUUACUUGGUUUAGAAUCCAUGAAUCCUGGGAUAUAUGUUGUCCUAUCAAACAUCUAUGCUCAAGCAAGAAAAUGGGAUGCUGUAAACUAUGUUAGAAGCAUCAUGAGGAUACGGGGAUUGAAGAAAAUACCUGGGUAUAGCUUAAUUGAAGUUGGAAAUCAAGUCUACACUUUCUUUGCAGGAGAUGAUUCUCAUCCAAAUUGGGUAGAGAUUCAUCAGUAUGUAGAGAAUUUAAGACUAGAAGUGGAAGCUUGUGGUUAUGUUGCUGACACAAGUUGUGUUCUUCGUGAUGUGGAUGAGGCAAUGAAGAUUAAACUGUUAUGGGGUCAUAGUGAGAGAUUAGCUAUUGCAUUUGGGUUAUUAAGUACACCAGCUGGGACCUCCAUUAGGAUCACCAAGAAUCUUCGUGUCUGUGUUGAUUGUCAUAAUGUAACCAAAUAUAUAUCAAAAAUAGUUAGGAGGGAACUUAUUGUGAGAGAUGCCAAUCGUUUCCAUCUCUUCGUCAAUGGAAAAUGCUCUUGUAAUGAUUAUUGGUAACACCAGGUGUUCUCCAAUAGACAUUCAAGUUUAAGCUCUCUAAGCUCUAGUAGUCAUGAUCCCGAAUUUAAAUUUCCAAUAUCACUCCAAAAUAAUAAUAAUAAAUAAUAAAAUAAAGCUCUCAUA